AUGUUCAUCCCACAGUUUGAUACCCCAAUCAUGCUAUUCUGUAUGAAGAUACCAUCGGCCAUUAUGUUAUGGAUAGUACCGUUACUGCUGAUCCCUUUGUGUCCUGCGAAUAGUAAUAACAGCAGCAACAAGGUGAGUUUGAUUUGUGAAAUUUCAGAUGAUCGGGACUUGAUACCAGUGAUUAAUCGAGAAAGUUAAUGGUCGAUGAUUGCAUUAUUCAUUUGCUAGAAAAAAAUGGUAUAAAAUGAAAUGGAAUCAAUGAAAGUAUGAGUCAGUAUGAUUGUCCUAACAUCCGGCGUCGUUUUCAAAUUUUAUUUUUUGAUAUGUAGACAUGUUUUAUGCUUCACUUUUAAUUAUACAUGUUAAUGGUAGAAUUUAUAAUUGAAAUGGAUAGUCCCCCAGUCAAAUAAUGUAAAUACACAGGAAAUGAAUAGUUGAAAAAUAAUAAAAUUAUCAUUAGUAGUUGAAUUGUUGCUCAACUGAAUGAACGAACGAUGGACUUGAUAUAUUUAAAUGAGUGAGAGUUAUGUGGUGUCAGCGGCCAAAAGUAGAGUCCUCCAAGCGUCUUUUGUUUCUGUACUUAGCUUAUAUCUGCUUUUAUCUAUCUAUUAUCAUUAUUAAUUAAUAUUUACUGUCAAUUAUUUAUUUACUUAUAUUUCAAAGUCUAUUCAUAGAACAGACAUCCCAAGUGCAUUAACUCAAAAUGAAGGAAUAAUACAUUGAUUCUUUUUUUUUUUUUUCAUGUCUGCCCUUAAUUUCCUCAACAGAAUUCCCAACAUGGCUCUUGUGGUUACUCUCCGUGUUUCUGCGCACCGGGCAUACCGGGUAUCCCAGGAAGCCCGGGACCCGCGGGACCAGCUGGUACAUCGGGAUCACCCGGGAAUAACGGACUCGAAGGACCUAUGGGUCCACGAGGAGUCAAAGGCGAUGAAGGACCCCGUGGAAAACAGGGACUUACAGGUCCCAAGGGAGGUACAGGGUCAACUGGUCCAGCAGGCCCACUCGGAAGCAAGGGUGAUGCAGGUCCCCCUGGAAGUCAAGGUCCCCCUGGCCCCAAGGGACCACAAGGCCACUCGGGUCAAGCUGGAAAGAAGGGCGAUACAGGUCCUCCUGGAAGUCAAGGUACCUCAGGCCCCAAGGGGGCUUCAGGGUCUUUUGCACGUAAUUGGAAACAGUGCGUUUAUAAACAUAUGAACGACGGCAGGGACUCUGGAUUGAUCAAGGUAAAAGCUAAGUUGGCCUCAGAAUAAAAAGUUCGUCAGUACUUGGGUUUCAUGUAAUUUAUUUUAUUGAAUUUCAUUUGAAGAUCUUGUUCGCAAAUUUACCUGGAUUAGAACCAUUGGCCCUUGUGGCUCAUUUCUUUAAUUAUUUAUUUCCUUCACUUCCAAAAAAUUCACAUUUUUAUCGAGUAAAAUCUUGCAAAUCAAAUGAUUUUACUUGGAAGCACUCCUCAGCAGUUUUGAAUGGUAAUACCAGGGGAUUUUGUUCACAGAUUAAAGUGUUAGUUUAACCCACCUUGUAUCCUUUACCAUACGAAAGCGUUGUUGAAGAGCUAUAAUUCAGUGCCGGAUCCAGACGAUUACUCUGGUAAUCUUGAAUUUGAUUGCUAUUUCCUUUCAACAGGAAUGCAUUUUCAAGAAGACUUCUGACAGCACAAGUCUGCGUGUCUACUGGAGUGGUCAGCUCUGCAUCUGUAACUGCGACAACUGUUGUAAGCGAUGGUAUUUCACUUUUAACGGUGCAGAGUGCUCGGCUCCAGCAGCUAUUGAUGCUAUAGUCUACAUGAGAUAUGGAACUGGCAGCAGACUAAAAAAUUUGCACCGCCCACGUCACGUCGAGGGAGUCUGCGAUAAAAUCCACAAAGGCACUGUGCGCGUGGGAUUCUGGGUCGGCAACUGCUCAGGUUACGGUUCUGCUGAUGCAGUCACAGGAUGGAUCUCGGUGUCCCGGAUGUUCGUGGAAGAAAUACCGCCCCCACAAGCUUAAGAAAAGCAGAUUCAAAUUUUUCAUAAACUCAGGGUAUUUCCUAAAAAGGUUUCUAGCUUUAAAUGUAAUUAUAGUUAAAUAACCUAUUAAAAACGCUGCUAUUGUAAGGUAUGGUUUUAAUAUGCUAAACCAGCUGAAAACACAUCCUCGUUCCCAGGGUUCUCUCCGUUCUC